AGCUUUUUAAAUCAGGUGUUGUCUCAGAUUCUGUCAUUUAAAUUGAUUGUUUUACUUAAAUGUUUUUGCUACAAUCAACAAAUUGUACGAUUUAAAGUGGAUAGUGAUGUCAACACUGUUACUUUCUUUCAACAAUUGGUCAACUUUUAGUUAUUGACUGUCUCAAUCUCAGAAGCUGGUAAUUCAUCGGUAUUACAAGAACGAUGGUCUGGUUUUGACACACGGAUUUUGGUUCUUUAUUAAAUUAUUAUAAACAAAGCCGAGGAAGAGAGAGAGAAAGAGAGAGAGAAAUGAAAAUGUAUUUUGCAAGUCUCUUUGUAUUAUGUUUACUCCUCCAUUUUUCAACUACAAUUUCAUCGAAUCGAGUAAUUGAACUUAAUGAGAAAUUUUUAGAUAUUUAUAAAAGAGAUGGUGCUAAUCCAUGGUUGGUAAUGUUUUAUGCACCUUGGUGCCAUCACUGUAAACAAUUGGAACCUACUUAUGCUCUUGUAGCACAAUCAAUACACAAUGAAGACAUCGGAGUUUUAGUAUCUCGAGUUGAUUGUACUAAGUACACAUCAAUUGCCACUCAUUUUAGUGUCCGAGGUUUUCCAACGAUUCUUUAUAUUCACGGAAAUCGAAUAGUUGAAUUUCUAGGUGACAGAACACUCGAUGAUAUAGUUGAUUUUGGCAAAAGACUUACAGGACCAUCUUCCCGCUUUAUUAGAAAUUGCAACGAUAUUGAUCGACUUCGUAAACAACACCAAGUAAUUGUCACUCAUUUCGGACCAAAUCCAGUUUGGUCUAAUUUCACAGAAAUGGCCGAUUCUCUACAUUCAACUACCUGGUUCUACCAUUCACUUUCAUCCUGCGAAAAGUAUUCUGAUAACUCUAUUUAUAUACUUAAAUCUUCAAGUUUAGGCCAUGAACUUAAUCUUAAAUAUGAAAAUAAUAGUGAUAACUCAUUGAAGGAAUGGAUUUAUGCCAAUAAGUUUCCUCAUUUCGUCAAAAUCUCUCACGCUAAUCUCAAUCAAUUGCUACACUCAGGUAAAUUAUUGGCCAUUGCAAUUGUCGAGGAAGUUAAAUCAACUGGUAGAUUGGCAACUCAACAACAUGUUAAUUUCAAAAAUAUGAUUGAAAAUAUUGCUCAUUCAUUUGAUGAUAAAGAUAAAUUUAUCUUUUGUUGGACAUCUUUCCUUGAAUUGAUUAAUUCAAUUGCCAUGCACACAAUUGAACCAAUUCCUAAUUUCAUAGUGAUCAACUCAACCACUUUACAAUAUUAUCGAGUUGAAGAUGAACCAAAUUCCCAAAAUAUUAAAACUCUUCUAACUAAAUUAAGAGAUGGAGAUGUCAAUUUAAGACCAUCAGGAGGGGACAAUUAUCAUCAUCGAUUAAUCCGAUGGGCAUUUGAUGGUUACAGUUCGUUAUCCAAUAUGUACAAAGGGAAUCCUAUUCUUACAGUUUUGGUCUUUGGUCUUCCGAUGAUAUUUUUAUCGAUAAUUAUUUACUCUUCCUGUUGUUCUGACGUGUUUGAAGCAAGAGACGAAGAGGAAGACGAAGAUGAUGAAGAUUAUAGUCAUGAUAAACAAGACUAACGAAUUAAAAUCAAACCUUAAAUCGAGAUGAAAUUCACUCAACAUUCAAUUUGAUUGUUCCAUCUACUAAUGUAUUCCAUUGAUUGAUUUUGAUCAAUCUUAAAGUAUAAAAAACCAUCUUUAUACUUAUUUGUCUUAAUCAUGAUGCUUAAUUGUCUUUCAUUUAAACUCAACAAUUAUAAGCAAUUCAACAUUUA